AUGAUCGGCCGUUGUUCCUGCAUAUUGUUGUCGAUUCUGGCGGCCGUUUCCGGCAUGCCGAGACGAUCCACGAGAUCGACGGUGCCGUCCUGGCACCUGCCCUGCGGCGAGGAGAUCGAAAUGGAGCUUGCGACCAUCGAGAACUUCGAGGAGGAAGUGAAGUCCAGCUUGGAGCGCCUCAGGCUCCAGCACCGGCUGACCAUGGCCGAUUACUUGUACCGCGACUACGAGUACCUGUACGAAAGGGUUCGGAUCGGUGUCCACGACCAUCAAUACAUCCCCAACUGGGUGCCCGGCAAGAACGACGUGAACAAAAUCAAGAGGCUGGUCGACGCCAAGCCGCAAAUGAUCGCAGGCCACUACCCGAAGAUGCACACGGACCUGCAGAAGUUCGCGGUGGCUUUCGAGGAAUUGGUGGCGGACGAAACGAACGCGGAGAUCCGCGACGCGCUGGCGACGACGCAGUCCUAUUUGACGGCGAUGCUCUGCGAGGUGGAGACCAACAUCGUCACCCUGCCGGCCCUCGAGAUGCCGACCAGGGUCGAGAGGAGCAUCAUGAAGAGCACCGAUCGAGAGCCCGUCGACGACACCAGAAGGCUCGUCCGCGAUUGGGGCGUGCUCCUCAAGUACAGGGACUACCUGCACGCAUGGAGGCACGUUUUUAACGAUUAGAGGAACGGCCGAGC